AUGAGGGUCCCCAUCGUCGACUGCUUCGGGCCGCAGGCCGCCAUGCAGCUCCGCCAGGCGUGUAUGGACGUCGGCUUCUUCUACUUGCGCGGGCAUGGCGUGCCCCGGCAGCUCCAGCGCGAUGUGUACAAGCAGAUGGCGGCCUUCUUUGCCCUGCCGAUCGCCGAGAAGCGCAAGGCGGUCGCGGACAAGAACAUGCGCGGAUGGGCGCCCAUGUACGAAGAGACGCUGGACCCUGCACACCAGACGAAGGGCGAUACGAAGGAAGCGUACCAUGUCUGCCGCGAGUCGCUGCCGGACGAGGUGCAUCUUCCGCUCCACGACACAUGCAAUGUGUUUCCCGACGCCGCCAUCCUGCCGCACUUCAAGACGAUCACGACCACGUACUUUGAUGCGAUGAGCCACUUGGGCUUGCACGUGGCACGCGUCAUGGCGACGGCCGCCGGCGCGCCCGGCGCCUUUGACGCACCCGGCAUGUUUGACCGUCCCAUGACGGUGCUGCGCAUGCUGCACUACAACGCAGAGGCGUCGAACCUCGCGAACGGCGUCAUUGCAUGCGGCGCGCACUCGGACUUUGGCUUGCUCACGCUCCUCUCGACCGACACGGAGCCGGGCUUGCAGAUCGAAGGUCGUGACGGCCACUGGGUCGACGUGCCGUACGUCCAAGACGCUUUCAUCGUCAAUGUUGGCGACCUCGCGGAGCGCUGGACGAAUGGCCUCUUCCGAUCGACGCGGCACCGCGUCGUCAACAGCACGGGCCGCGAGCGCUACUCAGUGCCCUUCUUUUUCGAGCCCAAUUUCCAUUGCAACGUCACGUGUCUUCCGUCGUGCGUGGAUGCAGCGACGCCGGCCAAGUACCCGCCCAUUUCGGCUGGCGCCAACUUGCUCAACAAAUACAGCGAAAUCCACGCGAGCUACCCGUCGACGGCCCACGAAGCGAUGCCGGCCAGUGUCCAAGGCGGUCAUCACGCGUCAUGGGCGUCAACGUAG